GCAGUUGCACUAUGGACUUAAAAUCUGUUUUAAAUAAAGUUUCGUGGAUGAAAGAGGAGCUGCUGGCAACGUUUUCCCGGCCGCUCACUUUUCGGGGGACUUGAGAUCUAACAAGGCAGCAGGGAUGGAGAAAAAACGCCACAAAAUGUGCUUAAAUCAGCCAAGUUCUUUCGGACAGUUGGUCCAUGCAGAUACAGAUGAAGGUGCUGCUGGAGGUCAAACAGCUACAAGGUGUCAGUGGAUUAACAAGGAGUGAAGAAGCAGAACAAUUACCCUGGACCACCGGGCGAUGUCGCUGUUGCCCCGCCCUGGCUGCACUUUCUCCCCCUCAGCCUGACACCGUGGUGCCGGGCUGCCCGUGCUGCUGGAGGCGGUGUGUGCGAGCGGAGCUCUUUAUUGUUCCAGUAGAAAGCUUGAACGGCACGGUUUCCCACGUUUGGUCUCAAUGGCUACCGCACAGAAACCACGUCCCACCUGAGAGGGAGCGGUCCGGCGGCGAGGAAGAGGACUUUAUUAUCCGAAAUAAACUUACAACAGCGCCGUGUGGGAUUUACACCGUGUGUCAGCUCCUACUGACGGACAAUCUGUGGAUCCUGAAGAAAGACGGGGUCCUGAAGUGCAAGCCCGAGAGCCCCUCACUGUAACACCCGUCACCAUGGUGGAACCAGCCGACAGGCCGUCUGCAGCCGGACAGAGGCUGGGCGCCCCAGAGAGCUUCGGGGUGUCCACGCUGGAGCCAGGCCUGCGUCCUCCCGCCCAGGCUCCAGGGAGACAAGUCUCCAUAAGGGUGCAGAUGCUCGAUGACACACAGGAAGUCUUCCAGAUAUCGCAACGUUCGCCCGGUAAAGUGCUGUUUGACCUGGUUUGCGUCCAUCUCAACCUGACGGAGGGAGACUACUUCGGCCUGGAGUACCAGGACCAGCGCAAGAUGACGGUGUGGCUCGAUCUGCUGAAGCCGACCCUGAAACAGAUCAGACGGCCUAAAAACACCAUCCUUCGCUUCGUGGUCAAGUUCUUCCCCCCCGACCACACGCUGCUCUCGGAGGAGCUGACUCGGUAUCUGUUUGCCCUGCAGGUUAAACGCGACCUGGCCUGCGGUCGCCUCAUCUGUAACGACACCAGUGCCGCCCUCAUGGUCUCCCACAUCAUCCAGUCCGAGAUCGGAGACUUCGACGAGACCCAGAGCUGGCAGCAUCUCCUCCACAACAAGUACCUGCCAGACCAGGACGCCAUCAGAGACAAGAUCACAGACUGCCACCGCCAGCAUGUCGGACAGACUCCUGCAGUGUCAGACUACCACCUGCUGGAAAUCGCUCGGCGACUGGAGAUGUAUGGCAUGCGUCUGCACCCGGCCAAGGACCGGGAGGGUACCAAGCUCAACCUGUCUGUGGCACACACCGGGGUGCUGGUUUUCCAGGGGUACACAAAAAUUAAUGCCUUCAACUGGUCCAAGGUUCGCAAGCUCAGCUUCAAACGCAAAAGGUUUCUCAUUAAGCUGCGAGCAGACCCCGCUCAAAACGCUCACCACGACACGCUGGAGUUCGCCAUGGCCAGCAGGGAUUGCUGUAAGAUCUUCUGGAAGAUCUGCGUGGAGUAUCACGCCUUCUUUAGGCUCUUCGAGGAGCCGAAGCCCAAACCCAAGCCUAUCCUCUUCACCAGGGGCUCCUCGUUCCGCUUCAGCGGCCGAACCCAGAAGCAGAUCAUUGAUUAUGUGAAAGACUCGGAGCUCAAGAAAAUACCAUUCGAAAGGAAGCACAGUAAGGUCCUGUCCAACAGCAGCAUGUCCCCUCAGUCGUCCUCCUUCAGAUCACAAGUGCCAAAAGAGAGUGCCAUGUCUGUCCAGUUAGCAGACCAGCCGGACUCAGCCAGACUGGGUCACCAAGCUGAGUCUAACGGCUCAGAGGAGCCACUGGCGGCUGCGUCCUCCACCAACGGCUUCCACGACCCACCGAUGGCGGACCCGACUCGGCAGAACCACAACGGCACCGGAUCGGCGCUGGACCCGAACUUCCUCAACCCAGAAAGUCCUGGUUCAGAGGACUCUCCGGGGGGAAGUCCCCAUGUGGUCGUCAACGGCAGCGGCUCGGUAAAUGGGCCGGGGCCGGGUCCAGGUCAGAGUCCUGAGGUACGGCUGCUGUCUCCGCUCACCAGCCCGCUGCUCACCGACGCCGGGUGUGUCCGCAACGAAGAUGAAGAGGAGGCACGGAGGAAGAAGUUUCCCACAGACAAGGCCUACUUCAUAGCCAAGGAACUGUUGACCACAGAGCGGACCUACCUCAAAGACCUGCAGGUCAUCACAGAGUCCUUCAAGAGUGUUGCGGAGAAAGACGAAGCCUUCCCAGAGUCUGUCAAGAACCUGAUCUCCACCAGCUAUGAUCCACUUUACAAGUUUCACCAGGGAUUCCUCAAAGAGGUGGAGCAGCGUCUGGCACAGUGGGAGGGACGUUCAAACGCUCAUAUUAAAGGAGACUAUCAACGUAUUGGUGACAUUCUCCUGAAGAACAUCCAGGGUCUGAGGCAGCAGACAGUUCACCUCCAGAAACAUUCAGAGUGCCUGGUGGAGCUGGAGCGGGCCUGCAGGUCCAUUCGGAAGGUGGAGACCGCAUGUCGAGACUUCGAGCAGCAGAGAGUUUGCUACCUGCCCUUCAACAUCUUCCUCCUCCGGCCUCUGCACCGCCUGCUGCACUACAAGCUCAUCCUGGAGAGGCUCUGCAAGCACUACCCACCCACCCACGACGACUUCAGGGACUGCAGAGCGGCCCUGGCGGACAUUUCAGAGAUGGUGGUGCAGCUCCAAGGCACCAUGAUGAAGAUGGAGAACUUCCAGAAGCUUCUAGAGCUGAAGAAAGAUCUGACCGGCAUCGACAUCCUCGUCAUCCCCGGGAGGGAAUUUAUCAGGCUUGGCUGCCUCAGCAAGCUCUCAGGGAAGGGCCUUCAGCAGAGGAUGUUCUUCCUGUUCAGCGAUUCCUUGAUGUACACCAGCCGAGGAAUGACGCCGUCCAACCAGUUUAAAGUUCACGGCCAGCUGCCUCUUUACGGCAUGACGAUCCGAGAGAGCGAGGAGGAGUGGGGAGUCCCUCAUUCGUUCACCUUGUUCGGGCAGCGCCAGUCGGUGGUGGUGGCCGCCAGCUGUGCGUCAGAGAUGGAGCGAUGGGUGGAGGACAUCCGGAUGGCCAUCGACCUGGCGGAGCAGAGCAGCAGCCCGAGUGCCGACCUGCUGUCCACCAGCCUCUCUGACAACAAGCUGUCGGAGGACGGUGGAGCAGAGCUGGAGUCGGAGGAGGAGCUCUGCGGCUCGCGCUCGUCCCUGGAGCGCCAGGGUCACCGUGGCAACACCACCGUGCAUGUGUGCUGGCAUCGCAACACCAGCGUGUCCAUGGUGGACUUCAGCGUCGCUGUGGAGAACCAGCUCUCAGGUAACCUGCUGAGGAAGUUUAAGAACAGUAACGGCUGGCAGAAGCUCUGGGUGGUGUUCACCAACUUCAGCCUCUUCUUCUACAAGUCGCACCAGGACGACUACCCUCUGGCCAGCCUCCCCCUGCUGGGCUACUCCGUCACCGUCCCGUCCGAGUCGGAGAACAUCCACAAAGACUACGUUUUCAAACUCCACUUUAAAUCCCACGUCUACUACUUCAGAUCGGAGAGCGAGUACACCUUUGAAAGGUGGAUGGAGGUGAUCCGCAGCGCCACCUGCUCCUCCAGCCGCCCGCUGCCGAGCACCAGGAAAGACCUUUACUGAUGACCGUGCGCUCUGUCGGCGCUCCGCCUGCCGGGCGAGGAUCUGAACGCUAGGCUGCACAAACACCAGAAAAAGACUCUUAUUAUAUUGUAGAAUCUCACCGCAGGCGCUCGAUUGAUUCCACGCUAAUUAAUACCUCUGAACGGCUGAUUCAGACACUCUCAGAGGUCCUCCUCCCACGUCACCUCAACCCUCUUAUUACACACUUUCUGCACCACUGGUGUCUGAUUAGAGACGCAUAGUUUUCCUUUUUUCUGCGUCUUCCUGGCAGUGUUUUUUUUUUUCUUUUCACUUCGAGCGUUGUUCACAUGCACACAUGAGGAUUUAAUUUUUCACCCCGAUGACGUAUCAUGUUUACAGUACAGAGGAUUUUUAUCUGUGAUACACCUGAAAGAAAUACCAGAAGUAUUUUGGGGGACACUGAAGCAUGAGUUUUGCGCACCAUGUGGUAUGUUUCUCUGGUGGAUAUUCCUGCGUGAGGAUGAUAAAACGUGUAAAUAAAAAUGUUUGAAAUCAGGAUUUUAAUCUAACGUAGAAGGACAAAUGUGUGCAUGUGAACAUACAGACUUUGUCCGACAAUCUAAAUAAAAUAAGAUGAAUUAAAUGUGACGCCAGUUAAAGAAACACAUCCAUCAUUUUCCUUUUUAUAAGACGACCUUUUGUACAGUACUUUGAUACACUGUGAAAUGUUCUUUGUCUUUGUUUGUUUUCCUCUUUACAAAAAGGCUUUUAAAUUACUUCCAAACUGCUUCCAAUGCCAACAGAGAUUUCACUGGUCCGUUUGCCAAAUACCUUUCUCUUCUGUAUUCCUCCAGCUCUCUGGAUUUUAACUAUUCUGAAUAAAGAUGAAAGAAAAGAUUGUGUUCAUAUGGAGAAAAAAAAAAGAGAGACAUCAA